GUCGUCGUCUCUCUUUCUUUCUCUUCAACUUCCAUUUUUCGAAAGGCGACGAGAAAAACUCAAAAAAGUAUUUCUCCAGUUUUGGAAUUUUGCCAUGGCUGUUGAUAGCAGAAUGGAUCUACUCAGCGAAAGAGCUGUGUUGAUGAGAGCAUCUCUUCAGAAGAGUCAAACCAUCACCGAUAAUGUUGUUUCUAUCCUCGGCUCCUUCGAUAGUCGUCUCUCUGCUCUCGAAACCGCCAUGCGUCCUACUCAGAUUAGAACUCAUGCUAUAAGGAAAGCUCAUGAGAAUAUUGAUAGGACUCUUAAGGCUGCUGAGGUUAUUUUGUCUCAAUUCGAUCUCCUCCGUCAGGCAGAGACUAAAGUACUCAAGGGGCCACAUGAGGACCUGGAAAGUUAUCUGGAUGCAAUUGCUCAACUCAGAAAGAUUAUUCGUUAUUUUAUGAGCAACAAAAGCUUUAAGAGUAGCGAUGGAGUUCUCAACCAUGCUAAUAGCUUGCUUGCUAAAGCACAGUCAAAGCUGGAAGAAGAGUUUAAGCAGUUGCUAGCUUCUUACAGUAAAGCCGUGGAGCCUGAUCGCCUAUUUGAUGGCCUUCCCAACUCACUGAGACCAUCCUCAGACGGUGAUGGAGGUGGAAAACCCCACGGAGGACAUCACAACGAUGACACGGAAACUGCAGCUUAUACACUUCCAAUCCUCAUUCCGUCAAGGGUAUUGCCACUUUUGCAUGACUUGGCACAGCAAAUGGUUCAGGCUGGUCACCAACAACAGUUGCUACAAAUUUAUAGAGAAACACGAUCUUUUGUCUUGGAAGAAAGCCUAAGGAAAUUGGGAGUUGAAAAACUUAGCAAAGAGGAUGUUCAGAGGAUGCAGUGGGAAGUUUUGGAGGCCAAAAUUGGAAAUUGGAUCCAUUUCAUGCGCAUUGCUGUUAAAUUACUCUUUGCUGGAGAAAGGCAAGUAUGUGACCAGAUAUUUCGAGGUUUCGAUUCUCUAAGUGAUCAGUGUUUUGCAGAGGUUACAGUGAGCAGUGUCUCAAUGCUACUUAGCUUUGGGGAUGCUAUAGCUAGGAGCAAGAGAUCUCCAGAAAAGUUGUUUGUACUCUUAGACAUGUAUGAGAUAAUGCGGGAGCUUCAUACAGAGAUUGAGACAAUUUUCAAAGGUAAAGCAUGCCUUGAAAUUAGAGAUUCUGCUACGGGCUUGACAAAGCGGUUGGCGCAGACUGCUCAGGAAACAUUUGGUGAUUUCGAAGAAGCUGUUGAGAAAGAUGCUACAAAGACUGCUGUUCUAGAUGGAACCGUCCACCCACUAACAAGCUAUGUCAUCAAUUAUGUGAAGUUCUUAUUCGACUACCAAACGACAUUGAAGCAACUUUUCUUGGAAUUUGGAAAUGGAGAUGACUCAAAUUCGCAGCUAGCAUCUGUAACAAUGCGGAUAAUGCAGGCACUUCAAAACAACUUGGAUGGAAAAUCGAAACAGUACAAAGAUCCUGCAUUGACACACUUGUUCCUGAUGAACAACAUUCAUUACAUGGUCAGAUCUGUGCGCAGGUCAGAAGCCAAGGAUUUGCUAGGCGAUGAUUGGGUUCAAAGACAUAGGCGUAUCGUGCAGCAACAUGCAAACCAAUACAAAAGGGUUGCCUGGACAAAGAUAUUACAAUGCUCAUCGGCGCAAGGUUUAACCUCAUCUGGGGGAGGAAGUUUAGAGGGAGGAAACAGCAGUGGAGUUUCACGAGGAUUAUUGAAAGAGAGGUUCAAGAUGUUCAAUAUGCAGUUUGAUGAGUUGCAUCAGAGACAAUCUCAAUGGACAGUUCCAGACACAGAGUUAAGAGAGUCACUAAGACUUGCUGUUGCCGAAGUAUUAUUACCUGCUUACAGAUCAUUCCUCAAACGCUUUGGGCCUUUGGUUGAGAGUGGGAAGAAUCCUCAGAAAUACAUAAAGUAUACAGCUGAAGAUCUUGAAAGAUUGUUGGGUGAGUUGUUUGAAGGAAAGUCUAUGAAUGAACCACGCCGCGAUGAAGAUUGCAUGAAGGUUGAUGAAGACAAGCUUGAUGUGUCUUUUGUUAUCCCUCGUUUGGGCAACUUCGAUCCUUUGGCAAGCUUCGGUUCCCCUCGGAAUCAGCAGAUUAUUAUUACUAGCUAGCUCUUAUUUUGUCUAUGUUCCUUGUUUACUUUGUUCCCGGUUUGGUUUGGUUUAUUGUCUUUAAUUUCGUCAUGUUUGUGUUGAAUGUGUGUGUGUUGUUGUUAUCCCCUGUGAUGCACCAUUCAGGUGUGUUCCCCUAUCGGUGUGUGAGGAAUAAAAGAAUAUUCGGUUU